UCGAUUCAGAGGCUCCUUACCAUUAUUCUAGUUGGAAGAAUGUUGAUGCUAAGUAUAAAAAGGCCAUACUUGCCACAAUUGCUCACUAUUUUGAUAUAAAAUGUUUCCAAAAUACGGAGCACUGGGAUGCAAUCAAGGAAGGGAUACAAGUAGAAUGUGCAAGCCGUUUCAAGGACAGAAAGGCAGGAAUGAAAAAACAUUUUGAUAAGCAUGGAGGUUAUAAAGAUGUUGAAGAGGCAAAGAAACACCCCCUAGUCAAUGAAUCCAGAAGCAUGGUGUAAGCUCAUUGACGGCUUGUUCACAACUCCCGCGUAUAUGAAUCAUUCUGAAAAAAAAAAUAAGGCAAACAGAGCAAAACAACUUUAUGGAAGUUAUCACGGGAGUCAAUCUCUUGCCAAUAGGCGACACAAAGAGGUUAAAGAAACCGGGCUAGCCCGCUAUGUUAAAGGUUGGAAAGAAAUGCAUUAUAAGAAAGGCAAAUGGAUUAACGACAAUGCAAAACAUGCUUGGGAAAACAUUGAAGAAGAGUAUAAUAGAUCAUUGCCGUGCUCGGGUGGGGAUGAAAUGGCGGUUGAUCAAGUGGGGUGUCUUAAAAAAGCUUUAGGGACUCGCCAUUCUCACUUACGGGGCAUUGAACGAGUUUUGAAAAGUGUAACACCCGAACUAUUCCCUAAUUUGGUACUUCCUGGCUCGUCAUUUCCACUUGAAGAAGAAGAUGAUCAAGAAGAGGAACAAGAGGAGGAACAAGAAGAUGAUGAAUUUGUUUAA